CCUUCAAGCAAUCACAAGAAGAUGAGUUUAAAAUUCCCUACUACUUUUCACCUAUGGUAUGCAUCAAAAACCACCAAUCUGGCAUUUUCCCGCACUUUGGCCCACCAAGCUCUAUACCCAGAUGACAGUUUCUUGUCCUCCAGAGGUCAAGUUUGGGGCUACACCGACUCCAGUGAGGACGUUGUUGACCCUAUUGGUCCAAGCCUCUUGGCUCAGUUACAACGUGGGUCUGUGCUACAAACUCCUUACAUUCUGAACAAAUUUAUAUCCUUUUCAGCCAAGUCAGCUUUGCUUUGCGUGGGUAUUCAUCUUCAUUCUGUUGUUGUCAAGAUGGGUUUCCACUCAAACAUCUAUAUCAACAGUGCUCUUGUGGAUAUGUAUGGAAAAUGUGGUGUUAUUUCUUCAGCCCAACAAAUGUUUGAGGAAAUGCGUGAAAGAAAUGUGGCUACUUGGAAUACCUUGAUGUCUGCCUAUGUGCAUAGCCGGUACCCGAAAACUGCUAUACAUUUGUUUCUGGAGAUGCUCAGACAGAUGAUAUCUCCAUCACAAAUUAGUGUUUCAACUGUUCUGGCUGGUUGUGCACAAUUACAAGCCCAAGGACUGGGUGCUCAGGUGCAUGCUUUUUGUUUCAAAGUUGGGUUCUGCUAUAAUGUUGUCGUGGGAACAGGUUUGAUUGAUAUGUAUGCAAAGUGUUUAUCCAUUGAGGCUUCAAGGGAAGUUUUUCAUGAAAUGCCAGACAAAAAUGUCGUUACCUGGACUUCUUUGGUUACUGGAUAUGCCCAGAAUCAACAAUCUGAUGAGGCAAUGAUUUUAGUUAGAAAAAUGUUGCGGUCUGAUCUCAAGUCAAGUUAUGUGACUUACAUUAGCCUGUUGAAUUCAUUUCAUUAUCCAAGUGAUUUGGAUCAUUGCAAACAAGUCCACAGUCGUGUAAUCCGGGAAGGUCUAGAGGCUUAUAUGUACGUAACAGUUACAUUACUAACUGCAUAUUCAGAAUGUGGCAGCAGCAUAGAUGACUUCAAUAGGAUCUGCUCUAUUGUUAGAAUAUGGGAUCAAAUUUCCUGGAGUGCAGUCAUUGCUGGUUACUCUGAAUUAGGGAAAGGUUGGGAUGCUCUCAUAUGCUUUUCUGAAAUGAGGCAAGGAGGCAUAACUGGUGAUUUUUUUACAUUCACGAGCAUUUUAAGAGCAGCUGGAAUUAUUCCAGCUCUUGAAGUGGGGAAACAAAUUCAUUCUUUAGUUCUCAAGACUGGAUAUUUUUCUAACCUAUUCGUUCAGAAUGGGCUCAUCUCCAUGUACGCAAGAUGUGGUAAGAUUGUUGAUGCAAAGGAGGUGUUUUUAUCAAUGAACAAACACGAUUUGAUCUCAUGGAAUUCACUGCUUUCAGGGCUUGCUAAUCAUGGGCAUGGCAGGGAAGUUGUUGCGAUGUUUGAACAAAUGAGGAGAACUGGGGUUAAACCAGAUCUGACCACAUUCCUCGCUGUGCUUUCUGCUUGUAGUCAUGUUGGAUUGCUGGACAAGGGACUUGAGUACUUUGAGUUGAUGAAAAGUGAUGAUUCCCUUCAACCAAUAAAACUAGAACACUAUGCUUGUGUUGUGGACCUCUAUGGUCGAGCUGGCUAUCUCAAUGAAGCAGAAGCAUUCAUCAAUGGCAUGCCAAUAGAGCCUGGUCCAUCAGUGUUCAAAGCUCUUCUGAGUUCCUGUCAAAUUCAUGGAAAUACAGAAAUUGCUGCACGUUCUGCGAGAAAGUUGGUGGAACUUUACCCUAAUGAUCCUGGAAUUUAUGUACUGCUAGCAAAUGUCUUAGCUAAUGGAGGUUAUUGGGAUAACGCAGCUGGAGUGCGAAAGCUUAUGUGUGAUAGAGGAGUGAGAAAGAACCGUGGUUCUAGCUGGAUUUGGAGUUGAUGAGGAGAAAAUUGAUCAUUUUUGGACGCAGGACCGCUUGGCUUGGUAUUGAUGUUUCAUUCCUCUGAUCUUGGGUCCUUUUAGGUCUGAGAAAUAAUUUAGGGAGUUUGAAUUUCUUUAAUAUCUAAAGAUGAGCUGAUUUUGAGGGGGAGAAGGCUGGUCAAAUUCCCCUGAUAUUGCUGGUCACUUGCAGACAUGGUGAAUCACUGAUGCUCCAAAAAAGUUCUGGUUUCCUCUUUCAAAUCUAUCUUCUCGAUUCUGAAUAUAUCAAAAUUAAUGCUUGUGUGUUGGAGGGAAAUAAACAAAUUUUAUAUUUUAUGGUAAAAUGGUUCAUCUAAUUGCCAGUGAAACUGCUAUAACUGCAACUAACUGCUAUUGUGACUCUCCAAGUGAAACCUCUUAUGGAACUUCCCUGCCAUAACUGCUGCAAAUUACUCAUGGAAACACUCACUUUUCCUCAAGAUAAUUUUUUGAAGAGAAAUUAUCCUGUCUUCUCUCUGCAUAUCUCACAUGGUAGGCUGUGAUUUCUGAAGAUUGAAGGUCAUAUUUGGACCCUCCCAAGUUUUUUCUUUGAUGGAAAUUGCAGUUUGUCACAAACUUGGUCCCUCUUUAUCUGUUGCUAGUUGGAAAAGAUGCCAGUUAUAUUGGAAAAGUUCAUCUGCUUACUGGUUCAUGAAAAUACUGAUAUAGCUUAUUGGGAUGAUACAUUUGACAGACGGCUGAUGAGAGCAUAGCAGAUUCCUAGAUAUUUUGGAAGUUGAUUUUGAGCCGCUAGGUAGCAGCCCAUGGGGGUGUACAAGGAACAUCGCACGGUUUGCACCUCAAGGGAACAAACUUUAAUCAUGACCAGAAAUACAAGGUCCUCUGCCAUGAUAACAAAGAAAUUGCCUUGAAUUGUGGAAAUAUGUUAAGGGAAUGCAUCAAAUUACCUACUCUUACAAAUGUAGGAAUCAGAAAUGGUGCCUGAGCCCUACAAAGAGAUGGCGAGGCAGCAUCCCAGGUCAAAUCCUGUGAUUUCUGAGGACCAUAGGCCAAAUAAUAUGAAACGUGAAGCCGAGCAAUAUCAAGAGAAGCCUCCUAGUCAUACCAAGACACUAACAAAAACAGCAUCAGACACGCUUGUACCAGCAUAUGCCGCUAUUGCAUCAAGAUUGCAUCACUGACUGUUGCAGCCCCAACUUCAGCAGACACUGCGGAGCAUGCUGGAAAGAGCACAGUACCCAAGACUCGAUAGCAUGUUACUGAUGGCCAGCAAAAAACAAGGGAUAGGGGUGUACUGUCGAAAGAGGAACUCAAGCACACGCCGGGUGAUGUGAGCCUGGCAGAGAACGCACAAGGAGCUGCAACUUCAUUGUGAAACAAUGAAGAGAUCUCCAAAUCUACAACCAGAGCGGCAAGUGUAUCGGCAUCACUUCCCAAUUCUACCAUCCACAAGGUAAGUUUUUUUUUUUUUUUUUUUUCUAGCGUUCCAUUUGCUGAGUGGUAUACCAAUAGGGAGAUAUAUAGUAAAGAACUGAACUUAAGAAUGGAUGUCACAAUUAUAACAAUUACAUUUUGUAAAAAAUUGGUCAUUAUAUUUUAAUUUUUAUUAUAAUUUAGUCUUCU